CUCCAAACCCACCGAAUUGCGAUUCCACAACAACACAAUGCCUCCUCCACGGCUCUCUCCAGCAUUACUCCGAGCGCGGCCGCAAGCAAAUUACCAAAGUCUCCGCCGCAUAGCACCUUUCCGCCGCGCAUCAACCACACCAUCACAAAAUGACAUAAAACCCGUCGUGCCCUGGAAAACACCCACCAGUGUGUGGUCGCCCGAGAACCUCAUCCCCCCACCCAAAGAUGGCGAGGUACUACUGGAGCGCCGACCAAACCGCGCAUUACCACCAGUACCACCUUUAAUCUCCCCGCAAGUCAUAAAAACCCUCCCGCUCUUCAUAAUCGCCAUGACAAUCUCCCUCUUCGCCUUCUUCAACUACCAAAAGCAAGAAUCCUCCGUCGUAACCGCAACCCUUUACGCGCUGCGCACAAACCCCAUGAUCCGCGAACAACUCGGCGACGAGAUCUACUUUGCGAGUAAAUAUCCUUGGAUCAAGGGCGAAAUCAACCAGCUUCAUGGGCGCAUUGAUGUUAGCUUCUGGGUCAAGGGGACAAAGAGGGCGGGAGAGGUUAAGCUCAGGUGUAGGAGGAGGGGUCGGGGCGGGUUGUACUAUACGCAGGAGUAUAGUUUGACCAUGGAAGAUGGGACGAAGAUGGAGCUUUAUGAUCCGGAGGGAAAUGCCAUUGAUCCGUUCCAGGCCAUUGCUGUGGAGGAGUAGGGCGGUAGAUGGAGUAAAGAAAUGUUGUGGCUGUUUUGAGGAGAGUGGCAGGACUGGUCUGGAAAGUAUGAGAAUACUCGAGAGAUCAUAGAAGUAAGAGCUGGCGGCUCAGCACCUUCUAGCCAUUAGCAGAGACUUCGACAGGGCAGCAAAUGAAGAAGAUUCAGCCGAUCUUAUCGCUGUGUAACAUAUGUAAGUAUAUACGCGCAUCACACGCCACCAGAAGGCAACGAGAACCAAGUCAUAGAUGGCAAUACUAGACAUUGCUAAAGGUGUGUAUGUAGUAGCAGUAGGAAAAAGAAAACCGAAAAGAAAGUAGCGCUUCCAGUGAAGGACAGCUCGCUCGACAGAUUUAGUCACUCUGGAGCGUAUAUGAUUGUGGUCCCAAUGUGUAAACGCCAAUGCCGUAUGUAGCAAUAUGCUGAUGCAACAGACAAGGAAAAAGAAAGU